AUGAGCAAGAAAGUGACACAAGAUAACAAUAGUGAAAAGGCUAAAUGGGAUGCAGAAAUAACAGAAUUGUUUUUAAAUUUAUGUGUGGAAGAAAUUAUUGCUGGAAAUCGUCUUGGCACUCAUUUUAGCAGAAUAGGAUGGUCUAACUUGGUGCAAAAAUUUAAUGCCAAGACUGGGAAAAACUAUGAUAAGACCAAACUGAAAAACAAAUGGGAUAGUUUCAAACUUAUUUGGAAAGAUUGGGAUACUUUAGUUGGAAAGGAGACUGGCUUAGGAUGGGACUGCGAGAAAAAGACGGUUCAAGCGAGUGUUGAAUUGUGGAGUAGGAAGAUAAAGGAGAACCCAAAUGUAGAGAAAUUCAGAGAUAAAGGUUUACAAUGUCGAGAGUUGAUGGAAAUUUGUUUUAAAGAUGUUGUUGCCACUGGUGAACAUGCAUGGGCGCCAUCAUCUGGAGUUUUACCCGAUAGCAUACUUGGAAGAGAAGGAUUGGAUCAUAUUAACUUAGAAGAACCAGAAGUAACUGAAAAAAGAGACACAAAUGAGAGUGGUGAUAAAACUAAAAAAAGGAAGGCAUCAUCAAUUACAACUGAAAAGGAAAAAAGUAAAGUCAGUACUAGUUUAAGGAUCACGUCAUCAAUUGAGAGAAUUGCAGAAGCUGUGGAAUUGCGUUCUGCAAUUAUUGUGAGGUCAAAAGACACUCCGCUCAGUAUUAAGAGUGUUAUGGAUGUUGUUCGUAAUUUACCUGGUAUGAUUAUGUCAUUGAAUAAACAUAAUAAUGACAAUGUUGAUGAAGAAGUUCUUAUAAUUGGUGAUGAUAUUGAUGAUGUUUGA